UGACUUAGGUUUCGUAUAAGUCCGAAAGAAUGCGUUCAAACUUUGUGGUAAUCUCCAAACCAAGCCCAAAUUGAGCCCACUAGAAAGGAAAUCUAAAUGGCCAUUAGGAGCAGCUCUGUAAUUCGAGUGGGGUAUGAGCUCACGAUAGAUGAAGAUGAUAUAGCAGACGUAACAUCCUCUUGCAUCUUCCGCGUGCCAAAGCCACUAAGAGACUCUAACGACAGAUUGUACAGUCCACAUCUUGUUUCCAUCGGCCCUUUUCAUUAUGGGAAGGAGGAGCUGAAAAGCAUGGAGAAAUCCAAAUCUGAGGCAGUCCGAAGAAUGCAGAAGAGAAUUCAGAGAAGAGAUCAAAACGCUUCUAUCGAGUCAAUUGUGGAAAACCUCAUAGUGCACAAGGACAGGGAGAUUAGGGAAUUCUACGGUGAAAGUAUUUCUUAUAAUCCAAUUCAAUUAGCUUGGAUGGUCACCAGGGACGCUUGUUUUCUUUAUGAAUUUCUUGUUAAUUAUGCAAAAUUCUUUUCCAGUGGUAAGAAUAUUUAUAAGGAGGAAGUGGCUGCAUUCUCGUGGAAGAGUGAUUAUGUUUUUGAUGUCACUUAUCAGAAUCCUACAAGGGAAAGAAUCAUGGAUGACAUACUUUUAUUUGAAAAUCAGAUACCCCUAUGGGUUUUGCAGAAUCUCCUUAAAAUUCAGAUGGGUUCGACAGAAGCUGCCGAACAAAAGUUGGACGUGUUAAUGGAAUUGCUGCUGAAGUCUGCGAUUAGACAUAAAGUGUUUAUGUGGUAUAACUCAGAUUCCUACAACAUGUGCAGUCAUGUUCUGGAAGUAGUCUACCACGGAAUGGCUGGCAUGGCUGUUAGUUCCUACACCCGUAUUGAGGCGCCCGAAUUGCCGGCUUCACCUCGCAAUCAAAUAAAAGUCUACUUUAAGCAUGGUGUUGAUUCGUUUAAGGCAGUUUCUAGUCGUUGGCGUAAUACCCCCUCAAAUUCGAGCCAUGAGGCGUUGAAACUGGAACUUCUGAAACUGCCAUCGGCGGUAGAACUCACACAACAAGGAGUGAAGAUCCGUCCCGUGUUAGUAGAACAGGCAACAACAUGGGCAUCAGGUCAUCCAGCCCUUCAAUGGAUGAGAUUUGAUGAGAAUACAUCAACGCUUUACUUACCACAGCUGAGGAUAACUCCACAAUCAGAUUUAGUAAUGAGAAGCAUUAUUGCAAUGGAAGUGAGCACAAAACACAGGUACCAUCCGAGACCAAUGACUCAGUUUGGUAUAUUUAUGGAUGAGCUCAUUGAUACCGAAGAGGAUGUUGCUGUGUUAAGGAAGGCAGAUGUGAUUAGAAACUUCCUUGGAAGCGACAAACAAGUGGCAGAUCUGUUCAACUCCAUGGCUAAAGGGAUUACCCCUAUUCAGGGCUGCAGACUAAUUGAUGAUGUGAGAAGGGGUUUGCAUAGGUAUACGAGAAGAAAGUAUAAGAUCUUGUGGAGUGAGUUCGUAAGUGCUUAUUUUUCCAAGCCAUGGUUGGUUGCUGGGUCCAUGGCUGCUGUGGCACAGGUGCUUAGGGAGUUCGCAGGUGGUUAUUUUUCGCUUUCAUGGCUUCUUGUUGUUUUCAUGGCUGCCAUAGUGCUAUUUCUCCUUACAAUGGCAUAG